AUUUCAGGACUCGACCGAUGAGGGAUUUUAAGUGCUUUUUACUUUCUUAUGCGCGAGGUUUUGCUAAAUCAAGUCGCUAUCAGACAUUUACACGCUUCCCCUCCCCCUUACAGACCCCAGAGCAAAAAUACCGCUGUUGGAAGUGGCAGUACGACGGAGUGACUGAAACACUGACCGUGGCCGAAUCCCAAUGAAUAGCUAUUUGUGAACUACAUAGGGUGUGAAAGUCGACAUUUUGUACUGUAUCUAGGGCGCCUAUACAGGGAGUAUAAAGGCAUUGGGAAUGAGCCUCCGUGUUUCAGUGGGCUGGAUAAUAACAACAGUCUUGGUUUUGGUCACAUGACGGAAACACAAGCUCCUCCUUGUUUGCUACGAGUCGGAGGUUUUUUUUUUUUUUUUUUUUAAAGUUACGUGUAUUGUUGACAAAUCGAAACGUCUGGAGUUUUACUCGAGUGACAUGGUAGAAUUUCCUCUUUCACUAUGAUGUAGGUGUAAUUUAGCGUGACAAUGUCGAGCUGCAAGACUUCAGAGUUCACGUUCCAGUCGUCUGUGCACAGUACGCAUGUACUACGCUGUCUGGAUGAGCAGAGGCAGAAGGACCUCCUGUGUGAUGUGACGGUGGUGGUAGAGAACCGCAGUUUCAGGGCUCAUCGCUCGGUUCUUGCCUCCUGCAGUGAAUACUUCAGCGCCCGCAUGACCAACCACACAGGCCAGGGACUCAUCAUCAAUUUGCCUGAGGAAGUAUCGACUGAAGGAUUUGAACCCUUGCUGCAGUUUGCAUACACCUCAAAACUGCUCUUCACCAAAGAGAAUGUGUUGGAGAUCCAUAACUGUGCGACUGUUCUGGGCUUCAAAAACUUGGACAAAGCCUGCUUUGACUUCAUCUUGCCCAAAUUCUUUGACAGCAGCAAAGGUUCAUCGAAGGUCCAGAGGAAUCAAUGCUGCAAGACCAAAUGCUGGAAAGCCAAGGUUGAAUCAAGCUUUAACAAUGAUGGUGCUAAUGAUACUGGUGAUGUAUCAUCAGCAAGUCAGCCCUUGAAGAAACAGGAGCCAAACAUCUCCUCAAAUCUCAGUGAAAACGCAGCAAGAAGCUGUAGCCCGUGUCAAGUAGAAACUGAGCCAGAUACAGAAGCAGAGUCAGACUACUCCUCACUUUGUCCAAAAUACCGCAAGUUUCAGCUCGCUUGUGGGAAAGGCCAGUCUUACACAGACACAGAACCAGAGAACACUGAGAGUACCUGCUCUCUAAACUGCCUGCCUUGCUCCAGCUUUGAAACAUGUGAGUCUGCAGAUACUGUGUCUGUCAAAACCUCAACAGGAAUCACUGAGGAGGAUGCUAUGUCCAUUUGCUGCACAUUAGCAAAGCAGUCUCCAGUUGAAACACCUCCAAGUCAUUGCUCAGGCAAGACAUCUCCACAGAUGUGUCCAAUGACUGCAUCCUGUAGCCAAGGAGGUUCCUUCCUUCUUCCUCCUCCUCCUCCAUCUGCUGGUGAAGUGGUUGAACGUUCUUCUGUGCGAGUCAUGGGAAAAGAGUGCACAGUAUCAGAUUGUAGAACUGGAACUGUUUGUCUGAACCCAAGAAACGAGCAAAGGAGCAGUGUGGAGAUGGAGGUGGCCAACCAACUUAGCACCUGGUCCGACAUUUGCAGUUCUCGUGGCUCAGAGCCUGCUUCAGCAUAUGGCCAAGGCAUGGUAAUGAAAAGCUCAGAGCUACAAUGGCUAAAACAGCUAGAGUGUCCCUUUCUCAGGGAUUUGGGUGCAGUCGAUGCUCAGGUGCGAUGCAGUGAGGUGACAUCCCGCUCAGAGGAGUGUUCCUACAUUUCCUCCAUUCAUUCAGGAGAGGACUCUGACAGCUUUGAUACUGAGGGGGACAGUGAGUCCUGUACCAGUGAGCAAGCAAGUCUGCUUCUUGCACAGAUGCAGCUGCCAUUUUCUGUGGAGGGCAUCGUAUCGCUAAGCCGCAAUGACUUCCAGCAGAUGUUGAAGACGCAGCGGCUGACACGUGAACAGCUCGAUUUUGUGCAUGAUGUACGGCGCCGCAGCAAAAACCGUAUUGCUGCUCGUCACUGCCGCAAGAGGAAACUCGAGUGCAUCCACAACCUGGAGUGUGAAAUUGAAAGACUGCGGUGUGAGAAAGACAAGCUGAAGACUGAAAAGCUGCAACUGGACCAGAUGAGGCUGAAGAUAUGGGAGAAUUACUCAGUUCUGUAUGACAGGCUGUGUGCUGAGGCCAAACUGCAGCCUGAGCAGCUACAGGUGUUUGCCAAGUAUACCUCUCUGGCAGAAUGCCCUUUCUCUACCCACCUGUCUACCAAAGCGCAGCUUUACCACUGCUGUGAACCUGAGCUCCAGCCCUUAGCAUCAUGCAUUGGCACUGACACUUGCAGCUAUGAGCCUGGCACCUCCACCAGAUCUGCCAACACUCAGAAUCAUGCAGCUUCAGAUCUCCGAUCUACUGAACCUCCGCACACAGGGAACAGAGAGACCAUGUCCAUCUCUCCGGACCAAAUCAGUAAACUUGAAACAGAUAAAUUAUAAGGUGCUUCCUUUUACAUUGUUUGUAAAUCAAGAACUAUGCUUAAAAAAAAUUUGUUUACUAUAUGAAUCAAACAUUUAUUGUUGACAAUCAGUUUAUUAGAUUAGAUCAGUGUAUUCAAGUCUUUUCUCUUUAUGGUUGUAUGUUGCUUCUUUUAUGUAUGAAGGUCAGGUUUGUUUCUUAGUGUUCUAUGAACUUUUUGGUGAACCAAAUUAUAUUUUUUAUACUUCUAAGGUAGGUUCCGCAUAAUUACACUCCCAUGGACUUUUUGACCAUCACUUCUUGACCAUCCUGAUCAUUUGAGUCCUGAAGAGGUAAUUAAAGAUAUUGCAUUACAUAUGGAGUAUAUAGCAUUAAUUAUGGCUGAGGAGCAAGGUGUACAGAUGGCCCAGGUAUAUGUGAAUUUUAGGAUGAUUUUCUAAUGUACACUUUUAUGACAAUCAAAACCUGGGCUACAUAAACUGCUUCAACUAACUAUGUUAUUGGCACAGUUUUGUCUUAAAGCAAAUCUAAUUGUAACAGGCCAUUACAGGGUGAAACAUUUAUAAUAUUUUUUUUCCUCUCAAAUAUCAAUAUUCUAACCUGAUAGUUUUGAUUAUGUUGUUACCUCUGCGGUUUUAUUGCAAGGGGCCAUAUUAUUUCAUUUGUCUUACAAGACAAAUCAAUAAAUUGUUUGAGCUUUUUAACUUCACUAAGCACUGGAUUGAUUCAUUUUUACAAAAUCUAGCAGUCAGUUUGAUAAGCAAUUUGAUCUUGAUUUUAUCAUUUGUACAGGUAUAUUUUUACAUUAAUGUUCAUUGUUAGUCACUACUGUGAGUAUUUGUUGGAAGGAACAAGUAUUUCACCAGCAGCUGGCAGCACAUGACUAAUAACCUUGGUAACAACCAGUCUUAGUCAAGGUCUAGUAGAUUUCAUCUGGUAAUAAAUGCAGCUCAAGCAAGCAACAUGAUCACCCAGCGCCUUGUCGUUUUAUCGUUCUGAAAUGUUUGUUUUCAAAGAAACCCUUUAGAGAAUCGACAUAAUGAUGGCUAUUGUUUCCUUCCCUAUAAACCUCACCUUUCCCAGAUCCUAAUAUGUGAAGUUUGAGUAACUUUUUUUGUUUAGUUAUAAAAUAAUUCUUAAAUAAUUCUGCAACGUAGUUUCUAACUGAUAUGAUCUCUAUGAAGCUGUAUAAAUCAGUAGCAGAAAUAGAGUUUCUAUCCAGGACCAAGGCAGUACAAAAGAAUGCUGUUGGGAUCUUUUUUGUUAGAAAACAAGUCGUGAAAGGAAAACAGCAAAUAUAUUUUGUGCUGUGAAUGCAAAAAGCAUGAAAACAGGCAAGGAAAUUGAUGGCAGGUGUCACUACUCAUUCUAUCUUGAAUUGUAAUGUGUGUUACAAUUCAACAGUAUCUAAGGCGGAAUCAGAAUCCGCAGUGUCCUGACAGAUUGUUCUCGAACUGUCAUUCAGGUGAAAUCAGAUGCUAAGAACAGGACAGCCAGAGAGGCACAUAAUCCACAGUCAUGUUCAUUCAAGAUUAAAAUAUAGAACAAAAAAUCUGCUUGAGGUACAAAGCAGAUUAGAGGUCACAUAACGAGUAUUACAGAUGUCUAAACCCAAUUGUGGAAUUAAUCAAAAUAGGCUACAAAUGAGGGGGGGAUGGGUGUUUACAUUAAUGAAAAGUCUUCUUGGGCUGAUUCCUGACUCCUAUAAACAUACAGUCAUGUGAAAAAAUAAGUACACCCAAUGCAAAUUUUGUUUUUUCUUUUUUGUUUUAGAUAUUUGGACAAGCAAACAUUUGAUCCUCUUUGAAACAGUGCCUAUUAAUAAAGGUGAUGCACUCUUUCAAAUGAAACAUAAAAUUGACAGUUUGUAGUAACUUUCACAAUUUCAUUUUUUUCACCAAAAAAACACCCAGAUCAGUCACAUGGAAAAAGUAAGUACAUCUAUUAGGGCUGCACGAUUAUGGCCAAAAUGAUAAUCCCGAUUAUUUUGAUCAAUAUUGAGAUCUCGAUUAUUUAUCACGAUUAUUAAUUGAUUUUAGUAACAACAUAUUUUUAUUGCACUUUCACAUUUAUAAAAUUUUCUUAUACCACAAUAUAACACACAAGUAGGCAUGAGAAAACUUGAGCUGGUCAAUUAUGACAGAAUUUAGGAACAUAAUGUGAGCCAUGACGCAUUCAUUUACCUUCUGAUAAACUAAAUUUAAUAUUUUCAGUUCAUUUUACAGACUGUAUGCAAAAAACAAACGUUAACCUGUUCCACCUUGUAAACAAA